UGUUGCUCGGUCAUUCUCCCUUCUUCCUAUCCGCGACUCUAUUGACUAAGUUUAUCCACACGGGAGUCAACAAGAAAUUCGAUGGAUCAACAAAUAUCGUAGAUGCCCAAGCUGGAGUACCGUAUCGCGUUAAUUACAUGGUCGACUUGGAUACUUAUUUUGUUCCGAUUUUCCUACACACGGCCAUGUGCGAAAUAUCGUACAUGAUAUUUUUAGUCGCGGUCGACGUCCUGUAUAUGACGUUUGUGCAACAUUGCUGUGGUUUACUCGCAGCCUUAAGAUAUACCUUGGAGAAUUCAUUCGAAUUUGAAGGCAAUGUUGAUGGAUUGAUGACAACAUAUAUGAAACACUCGAAGAACAACAGAUCUUACUCGAUUAUUGCUUACUGUAUUCGAAGACAUUCUGAAGCGAUACAAUUCAUUGAUAUCCUAGAGUCGUUAUUCAGGCUACCGCUCCUCAUGCAUAUGGGUUGUAUCAUUACUAUUAUCAGUAUCGUAGGAUUUCAGGUGAUAACAAAUGCGGAAAGCAUGAGCCGCGUUUUACGUCAUUGUAUUUAUUUUAGCGGAUCUGUUCUUAACGCGUUCUUUGAGAACUGGCAAGGUCAGAAAAUUAUAGAUUACAGCGAAAAGGUGUACGAAGCUGCAUAUAACGCGCAAUGGUAUGAAAUGCCGAAUGCAGCAAGAAAGCUCUUAAUAAUGAUCAUGUUAAGAAGUAUAAAACCGUCGCAAGUAACUGCUGGCAAGAUUAUUAUAAUGUCUUACAUGAAUUUCAACGCAGUGAUGCGUUUGUCGUCGUCGUAUUUUAUGUUAUUGCAGUCUAUGCAAUAGACAUUUUAAAAGCAACAGGCAAUAUUUAUCACCUCGAAUGUUGUUUGCCAAUUGAACAUAUUGACCAUUAAAGAAACAUGUGUUGCGUUAUGGACAUAUGGGUGAGGAAAAAAUACCGGAACUCCGAAAUACAAUGUAUAUCGAAAAAUAUU